AUGUCGGCACUCUUUAGUAUAGAUUCCCUAUUCAGGGCUCUUGUGCUCGCCGUGUGUACUGCAACAUAUUUGAAACAGCAUUUCCCUUCGCUUGUGUCGAAGAACAAAAAAGGACUCUACUCGGUCCUCUACAAGCUCUCUGUCGUUGGAGAGAGACUUUCGCCCUUUGUAGCAUUGUUUUGCAUUUUCCUAGGGCUUGGGAAGAUUGCAUCUAUAUUUCUCUAA